AUGUUCCGUAACAGAAAAAACUCCCAGAAGCCCGAUGAGGAGCUCAUCCAGCGAUUUCAGAAGACAUUCUCCGAUGUAGUCCCCUUGGACGCUCAACGCAAUGGCCCGUCUUUUGUACAAAUGCCGCCCAAUCAACCCACCACGCCAGCGAGGCUUAUGGAUAACGGUGGGUUGAAACUCAAUGACACAACACCGCGCGCCCCACAAGACUUGCGAUUUACGCCUUCUUUUGUCGAUCCGAACUCGAUAUCAUACAUGAAUUUCCAUGGCCAACAAGCAGGCUAUUAUACACCGAACUCGGGUGGGUUUGGGCCAUUGUUUCAUAAUCAAGCAGGCGACCUGCACACACCUGGCAUGAGCAUGAUCACACCCCUCUCUCUUACCCACCAAGUCGCCCCAGCCAUGAACAGCGGUGGCCCGACCUUUGGCCUCGAUCACUUUGAUCAGCAGUAUAUGCAUUCACACUUUCACAACCCGCAAUCGUUCGCCCCGCAAGCGUCAUUUGCACCCAGCGCAUUUGUACAUCGUGAUUCAGGCUACGAUGCGAUGGAUGAAUCUGUGGAUGAAUUGUCUCUAAAUGAUCUCGAUAUGCAGGGAAAUCAAUCGUCGCAGUUUGCCGCCUCGACUACUCAUACUUCCGAUCACUCAGCUACCCCAGGCCCCAGUGAGCAGUUUCGUUAUCAUGUCACACUGCGUGCUCCUACUGCUAUGGUGAAGCAUCAAAACGAAAUUCCCAUUUCAUAUUUGAACAAAGGACAAGCCUAUUCGGUAUCUGUAAUGGACUCGAACCCGCCACCAGCGAAUGGACAGCCAGUGACAUAUCGCACGUUCAUCCGUGUCUCAUUCCAAGAAGAGGAGCAGAGAUCGAAGCCUGGCGCCUGCUGGCAAUUAUGGAAGGAGGGACGUGGCUCGAGUGAGGCAUAUCAGCGAGGCGGUAAACUUCAGGCUGUCGAAUAUGUCGAUCCGAUCCAGGGCGGCAUUGAGGAUCCGAAGCAGCGCCAGAUCCAGCUUGAGAGUGCUUCAUUCGACGGAUUCUGUGUGACAUGGACGGCAAACCCCGCAUCAGGAUUGCCCGAGUGUUCAAUCUCAGUCAGGUUCAAUUUCCUGUCCACGGAUUUCAGUCAUUCCAAAGGUGUGAAGGGUAUUCCUGUUCGAUUAUGCACCAAAACACAGAUUGUCUCUCCGGAAUACACCGAUAUGGCAAACGGCAACGAUGCGGAAGUAUGCUUCUGCAAAGUCAAACUUUUCCGUGACCAUGGCGCUGAGCGGAAGCUAUCUAACGACGUAGCCCAUGUCAAAAAGACGAUCGAGAAGCUGCGUCACCAGAUUGCACAGGCCGAAAUGGGCGCUGGCAACUAUGGAAAGCGCAAACGGGCUGGCAACUCCACCUCCGUCAAGAACUCCGACCAGCGACCCUCCAAAAUCUCGAAACAUAAGAGAACCUGGUCAGUAAGCUCACAAGAUGGCGAGAAACUCUCCCUAGAGGACGACCUCCACACAAAGCUGGCUACGAUGCAGGAUAUGUUCACAUCUACUCGGCCAGUGAGCAUUCUGGGACUCCGGGGUGAUGAACAAGAUGAUCCCGACCUAUAUCCUGUUGUAUUGCCUGGCGACUCGUCCGAUCAGAUCAAAAAGGAGAACGCCCAGAAGCCCGGUGAUCCCCGGCUGAGUAUCGAUGCCUCCGCAUAUACCCUCUCUCCGACGAGCAGUAAUGUCUCGAUUAACUCGCCCUGCCACCCCGCAAAGCUUCAGCAGCAAGGCCUCUUCUAUGAUUCAGGCUACCAAGGCUCGCUUGGAAACUCAAGGGAGAAUUCACGUCCUGGCUCUGAAUUUUCCGGAGAGAAGACCACCCUCAAGCAUCCCAUCAAAGUACAAAGACUAUCGGGGAACUCGACCAUGCCCAUGGGAUACAUCGAAGCGGUGGACAUCGAUCCGACCUACAGGCCGCCUGCCGAGCGUGUCCCAAAGCCAAUUGCAUGCUUCUAUAUUCGUUUCCCGGCACAGACCCAGAAUAGUGACGAUUACUAUCGUGCUGUCUAUCUGACCGAACGAACCGUUCGCGAUUUGAUGGAAAAGAUCUCCAUGAAGCAGAAGAUUGACCCACAGCGCAUUGUACGUGUCUUACACGUCAAGCAGAACGGGCUCAAGAUCAUGGUUGAUGACGAUGUCGUCCGUGAGCUGCCCGAUGGCCAGGACAUGGUUGUUGAGAUCUCAGAAGCCACCGCCUUCGACAACGCUGUGGCGAACAGCAGCGAGAACCUGAGGCCAGGGGUUGAGGUUAAACUCAGCUACUGA